UAUCCUCCUAUAGAUAGUAUAGUUACCUACUUAUAACGUUGUCGAACGUCUAGUACAAAGUCCACAGAGCUAAAGUCCAAUGUUAGUUUAGCUUGAGGCCCACUGUACACGUUAGGGCACCCAUGAUUGGCCGGCGCCGCCGCUAGGGCCUCUUAUCAUUAUUAUGUCUGGAUGUUAUGUCACUAUCCAGUAUCAACCGAGGCAGUGGGUCGAAGAUCGCCAUGCAUGACUGUACACAGACUACACAGUACUUGCCUGUUUUAGGUUAGUUACACAAACGGCGUAUCGCUGACUGCUCGUGUUAAACUAGACAUGUCGUGUAAAUAGCAAAUAAGUGUGAAAUCUGAGUGAAAAUGUGAAUUGAAGUGAGAGUGUGGGUGUUGUUUAUUUUGAGUGACGCUAGGUUAUUAACCGCCAACCGAGGUUAUAGAGAACAUUGUGGAUGUCAAGAAAGAGGUCGUGGAUCAGGUUUACCUUGGACCCCCAGAAAUAUUGGCUUUUCAACCAGUUUCCUCGAAAGAGUGUAGAGCCAUAAGUCCUCUCCAGUGAUGAAGUACCUGAUCCUGUUCACGCUGGUGGCGAUGUGGAGCCGGCAGCAGCCGACCGACCCGGUGCGGGUGGAGGGGGGACUGCUGCGGGGGACCAUCAACCCGGGGGGGUACCGGCAGUACAUGGGCAUCCCCUACGCGCGCACCGACGACGCCGCCCGGUUCAAGGCACCUCUGCCGACAGAACCAUGGGAAGGCGUGUACGAAGCAAUAGAGGAGAACGUCAGAUGUCUACAAAGAAUGGGCAAGUCCUACUUGGUCGGUCAGGUGGAUUGCCUCAGGCUGAACGUGUAUACCCCGCUGCAGGUAGAGGAACCCUUGCCAGUGAUGGUCUACAUCCACGGAGGAGGAUUCUUCGAAGGGUCCGGACUACCAACUAUCUACGGACCAGAAUAUUUGGUCACAAAAGGUGUGAUCGUUGUAACAAUUAACUACAGACUGAACAUCCAAGGCUAUCUGUGCCUGAGGAUACCAGAGGCCCCAGGAAACGCUGGCAUGAAAGACCAAGUUGCUGCUUUGAGAUGGAUCAAAAGAAACAUCAGAGCGUUUGGAGGCGACCCUGACAAUGUGACUUUGUUCGGUGAGAGUGCUGGAGCAGCGUCUGUGUCCUAUCACAUCCUGUCCCCGAUGUCAAAAGGACUAUUCCACAAAGCUAUCAUUCAAAGUGGAUCCUCACUAUCCGCUUGGGCGCAUCAGUAUAACCCUGUGCACAUGGCAAGUCUGCUCAGCAAAACCAUGGGUCACAGUGAAACGGACCCAUUAGAACUAUACAACAUAUUUAUGAAUAAGUCUAAUACUGAUCUCAUAAUGACUAGAGUUCCUAGAAAGAGAGGGAACAUAUUGCUCACUGAAUUGCUCUACUCGCCAUGUGUUGAGAACAAGUUACCGGGAGUUGAAGCAUUUCUGACCGAAUUGCCUUACAAUCUACUUAAGAGAGGAGAAUACAACAAAGUUCCUACUAUCAUAGGCGCUAACAGCGAAGAAGGGCUACUGUUUGUGGCAGGCGAAAACGACACUACGUAUGCCGCGAUGUCCUUCGAAAAUUCCAUGCCAAAAGACUUGGUUUUUCCUUCUGAAACUGAAAAGAAGGAAGCAGCUGAUAAAUUAGGUUCACUAUUACUUAAUGAUGAAAAAAUAUCUAAAGAAGUUCGUGUGAAGUUGUCCAAACUACACGGAGAGCCGUACUUCAACUACCCGGUCGCAAAAGAAACAGACUUGGCUUUGGAAACAAAUGAAAAUCCAAUUUACAGUUACAGGCUCAAGUAUGGGGGUCUACUGAACGUGGGUAAGAUAAUCACGGGGUUUUUCAAAGUCCCUGGAGCUACUCAUGCUGACGACUUGUUCUACUUGUUCAAGCCGAGCCUGCUACCGACUCCUACUAGGUUUUUUGAAAUGACCAUGGUUAAUAGAAUGACUACCAUGUGGACCAACUUUGCUAAGUUUGGAAACCCAACUCCUGUUUUAACAGAGUUGCUCCCAGUACAGUGGCAUCCAGUGAAGAAAGAGAGUCCGGAAUCAUUUGUGAUAGACGCAGAGUUUUCCACGGCUCCACUGUGGGAUGGCGACUCUAUGCUGUUCUGGAGAGAACUCUACGAGAAAUACAGAAGAAAAGAAACAGUCAAUUGAAAUUAUUAAUUUUAUGCGUAUUCUAAAGUUAAGAGCAAUGGGUAUUGUGUAAAUAUAAGUAAUUAUUUAAAGCAUAAUAAGGAUCGAACGAUGGCAUUAUAACAGUAAUAUUUAAGUUCUAGUCAUUUCGGUUUAAGAAUUUGAGAUUGCGAUAUAUUAUAUGUAUUUU